GACUUUAACAAUAUAGUUGGUGGUGCCCUCUAGCGUUGGAAUUUGGUCGGUUUCAUGAUCAAAACGCAAAAUGUGUCAAUAAAAGUGGUUCUGCGACUAACGGAUCUGACACCUAUGUAGUUACAAUGUCCAAAAAUCAAUGUUGAUAUUUACAUACAAAGGUAACGGAGAAAAAACAAUCAUGUUUAUGAUUUUAACAUAAAAAAAAAAUCUAACAGAGUGAAGCUGUAAUGUCACGCCAGUCCUGUAGAGGUCAGUGAUGGCGCACUCGUCACACACAAACAGAAGAAGACGUCACAUUAUUUUGGUGGAUCAUUGAUCAGCAUUCGUUCCCAUACAGAGAUGGUGUUGUCGUCCUCGCAGCAGCUUGUGAUGGCGUUCACCGCAGUGCUGCUGGUGUUUGUGCUGUUUCCUCGCAUGUUCAGCGGCAGCGCCAGAGACGCGCAGUCCUUCGACCCGCGGAUCAGCAGGAGAGGUCCUGGUUCUGGUGUGGGUCCUGGUAGCGUGAAAAGUCAGCAGCAGUUCCACAAGAACGCAGCGCCUCAAAUGUCCCACAAUGUGGAGAACAUGCAUCAGAUGAAGAAACUCAUGGAGCAGGAGAUGAAAAGCGACAAAUACAAAUCCAACAGCAACACUAAGGGCUACGUCUUCACUCUCAUGCCCAUCUACGCCAUCGGAGUCGGGCUCUUUGCCGCUUAUAAGUUUCUAAAGAUAAAGUCUGCAAGUGAUUCUGAAGCUCAAAAAGCCAAAACAACGCGAGGAGUGAAGAAAUCAGAGGAGACAGAGAAUCAGCUGAAUGAGCUGGAGCAGAGGUUAGCUCAGACCGAGAAGAUGCUCAACUCCAUACUGACCCAGCUGGACCCGCUUACAAACUGUGUGAAGUCUGUUGCCAUGGAGCAGAAGAACGAGAUCAUGUCGCAGCUGCAGUGCAUUCGCCAGCUAAUGAAGAAGAGAGGCAUGGAGUUUCCAAACAUCAGGAUAGAAGAGCCGUCAUGUGAACGCAAUCUAGACCGACUCAUCGAGACUUUGACUUCAGCCGAAGCUCUUCCAGAAACUCGUCUGGAAUCACAAACACACGAUGAAACGCAGCCACUCGAUCACCGAGCGCUCAGACCUGAUUCUGAGGUGGAGGAAGAUGAGGACGAGGAGAGAGCGGGAGAGGAAGACGUGGGUGCUGAGAGUGACUCUAGUAUGCCCUCUCUCGAGGACUCGGGUGACGUCGGGGUAGAUGACGUCACCGUCACUCAGAAACUUCCAGAAGAUCUGACUGGAGGAUUACGGCGACGCAACAGGCUUGAGUAACUGUGACGAUAAUCCAACAGAAAUCUAUUUAUAUAUUUAUUUAUUGAAUUCCUCAUGAUGAAGCGAACACGACUCGUUGGUUCGUCGUUUACAUCUACAUAUUUCACUGCAUUUAUCAAAAUCCACCUUGUUUACUUUCUUAAUACACUACCAUUCAAAAGCCAAGGCUGCUUUUAUUUGAUACGGUAAAAACAUUUAUGUUGUGAAUUAUUGUUACAAUAUACAAGAGCGGUUUUCUAUCUGAAUAUAUUGUAAAAUGUGAUUUAUUCCUGUGAUCAAAUUAUUACUCCAGCCUUCAGUGUCACAUGAUCCUGUAAUCCCUCUAAUAUGAUCAUUUGCUGCUCAAGAAACGUUUCUGAUUAUUAUCAAUCUUCGUAUUUUUGUGGAAACUUUACAUUUUCUUCAGGAUUCUUUUGAUGGCUUGAAAGUUUUAAGAACAGCAUUUGUUUUAAAUGUAAAUAUUUUGUAACAAUAUAAAGGCCUUUACUG